AUGGAGAAUGUGAUGGAGGAUGUGAUGGAGAAUGUGAUGGAGGAUGUGAAGGAGGAUGUGAAGGAGAAUGUGAUGGAGAAUGUGAUGGAGAAUGUGAUGGAGUCUGUGAAGGAGGAUGUGAAGGAGGAUGUGAAGGAGAAUGUGAUGGAGGAUGUGAAGGAGAAUGUGAUGGAGAAUGUGAAGGAGAAUGUGAAGGAGAAUGUGAUGGAGGAUGUGAUGGAGAAUGUGAUGGAGAAUGUGAUGGAGGAUGCGAAGGAAAAUGCGAAGGAGAAUGUGAAGGAGAAUGUGAAGGAGAAUGUGAUGGAGAAUGUGAAUGAGAAUGUGAUGGAGAAUGUGAUGGAGGAUGUGAUGGAGAAUGUGAAGGAGAAUGUGAUGGAGAAUGUGAUGGAGGAUGUGAUGGAGAAUGUGAUGGAGAAUGUGAAGGAGAAUGUGAAGGAGAAUGUGAAGGAGAAUGUGAUGGAGAAUGUGAAGGAGAAUGUGAAGGAGAAUGUGAUGGAGGAUGUGAGGGAGAAUGUGAUGGAGAAUGUGGAGAAUGUGAUGGAGAAUGUGAUGGAGGAUGCGAAGGAAAAUGCGAAGGAGAAUGUGAAGGAGAAUGUGAAGGAGAAUGUGAAGGAGAAUGUGAAGGAGAAUGUGGAGGAGAAUGUGAAGGAGAAUGUGAAGGAGAAUGUGAAGGAGAAUGUGGAGGAGAAUGUGAAGGAGAAUGUGAAGGAGAAUGUGAAGGAGAAUGUGAAGGAGAAUGUGAAGGAGAAUGUGAAGGAGAAUGUGGAGGAGAAUGUGAAGGAGAAUGUGAAGGAGAAUGUGGAGGAGAAUGUGAAGGAGAAUGUGAAGGAGAAUGUGAAGGAGAAUGUGGAGGAGAAUGUGAAGGAGAAUGUGAAGGAGAAUGUGAAGGAGAAUGUGGAGGAGUCUGUGAUGGAGAACCUGAAGGAGACUGUGAUGUAG